AUGGCCCUAGCAAUGCUGAAUGGGAAUCUGAUUAAAGACUCGAGCCCACCUGUGUUGCUGCACCAGCUUAGCAAGACUCCUGAGCUGGAUACCUUCAACUACCAGAACUGCUUUAUGCAAGACCUCUUUGCCCAUUUCCCUGAGAUCUUACUUAUCCACCGCACCUAUAACCCAAAUGACAAGGUGUUAUAUACCUUCCUGGUGGAUGGACCUCGAGUACAGCUAGAGGGUCCUCUUGCCCGGGCAGUCUACUUUGCUAUUCCUGCCAAAGAAGAUGCCGAAGACCUAGCCCAGAUAUACCAGGUGUUCAAGAAGUUUAACCCAGCAUGGGAGAGAAUCUGUACCAUCCUGGUGGAUCCCCACUUCCUCUCACUGCCCACACUAGCCAUGGAGUUCCCUACAGCUGAGGUCCUGCUCUCAGCCUUCCACAUUUGUAAAUUCCUACAGGGCAAGUUAUAUCAACUGUCCCUUGAACAGCCUGUGGAAAGGGUGCUUUUGACCUCCUUACAGAGCACGAUGUGCUCAGCCACAGCAAGCAAUCUGAGGAAGUUUUUUAUACUCUUGAGCAGCUGCAUCGCCCCAUCCCGAGUGUCUGAGCUCCACCCACGCUGGCUGCUCAAUGAUCGAAUCUGGCUGGCCCACCGCUGGAGAAGCCGAAGUGAGAGCAUCCGCUACUUCCAGAGCCUUGAAAUUACCACCCGAAUUCUCAGUCAGUUUUUUGGCACCAACUCAUCUGAGAAACAAGGCAUGGCCUCCCUAUGCCGAUACAUGCAACAGAACCCUGGGGACAAGGCAAACUUCAACCUGGGCAUGAGUCCCCAGGACAGUCACACCACCUCAGAUGCUAGCCCUGAAACCCCCAAAGUAGAACAGUUGGUAGAAGCUGGCAUCCAGAAUUCCCUUAAUGCCAUCUGCACAGGGCCUGCAGCCCAACUCUGUCUGGGUGAGCUUGCUGUGGUCCAGAAAUCCAUGCACCUCAUUGGCUCUGGCUCAGAAAAGAUAAACAUCCAGAUCUUGGAAGAUACCCACAAGGUGCAGCCCCAGCCUCCUGCCAGCUGCAGCUGCAACUUCAACCAGGUCUUCCAUCUGCCCUGCCGUCACAUCCUAGCCAUGCUUAGUGCACACCGCCAGGUGCUCCAGCCCGACAUGCUGCCAGCUCAGUGGACGGCAGGCUGCGCCACUAGCCUAGACAGCAUCCUGGGCAGCAAGUGGAACGAGACUCUGGAUAAGUACCUGGCAGUGACCCUCCUCACAGAGGAGGUGGGUCAGCUGUUAAAGCACUGUAGCAAAGAGGAGUUCGAGCGGCGGUACAGCACCCUGCGGGAAUUAGCUGACAGCUGGAUCGGCCCUUAUGAGCAAGUACAGCUCUGAUUCCUCUCGUGCUCGGAGAUGCUAAUACACAUGUAUGCCUCGUAUCCUUCCCUACCCACAUGCAAGGAAACACACAGCUGUAUUUUCAUGGUACUUCCUUCCCAAAUAAGGACAAGGGACUUGUACUCUACCACAGUCUGCUACCUAGCAUAUGGCUCGCUCUGUAAGAUAGGAGUCAGCUUGGAUAGAGCUGGAUCAGGCUGGCCUCCAUCAUGCUGCAAAUGUUUUCUGUAAAGGGACCAAUAGUAAAUAUUUUCAAUUUGAUAGUCACAUUCAUCUCUUGUAUAUUCUUGGUUUUGUUUUGUUUUGUGGGUUUUCUUUCUUUGUUUUUUGUUUUUGUCUUUUGAGACAGAGUCUCGCUAUGCAGUUCAGGCUGGCCUUGAACUCACUUUGUAACCCAGGAUGGUCUUGAACUUUGGAACAAACCUCCUGCGUCAGCUUCCUGAGUACUGAGAUUACAGAUGUGUGCCUCUGCCUCCCUGGCAUUUGUUUUGGUUUUUACAAUUUAUUCAUAAGAUAAAGAUGAUUGUUAACUCAUUCAUCUUAUACAGGGAACCCCUGGUCUAAGAUAAGAGAUAAGGCUGGGUGGAUAUGGUGGUACAUGCCUAUAAUCCCAGCACUCAAGAGGCUGAGACAGAAGGAUUGCUGAAAGGUGGAGCACAGCCUAAACUGCAUAGUUUAGGCUUGGUUUUCUUUUUUUGGUACCAGGGAUUGAACUCAUGACCUUGAACUUAACAGCCAAGUGCUUGAGCUGCUGAGCCAAAUCCCCAGCCCUAAAACUGCAUAGUUUUAAAAAGAAAAAAUCAGGUGAUGAGCUUCGGGCUGGGACUUGGUACCAGCUGCCCUAGUCACAAGAAAGCAAACUCACCUGACCCAUAUCCCAUGAGUGAGCUGGCCUGGGAGCCCACUCAUAGACCAAGAGGCUGCUCAGGGAGGUGGCUCGGCCCAGCUCAGCAGUUUUUCCCCUGCUUUAUUCUGUGAUCAAUAAAGUUGAAUGUUUUAUAUUUUAA